UACAGCGACGUCGAGCGUCGAAGUAAGCGAAAGCGACGCUGGCGGAGACAUCGACAAUGAGCUCUAGAGCAAAGUUCCACAAAAAUACAGGCCGAUAACAUCCUAUUGAUUUUUCAAAACGUUCGUUGAACCAAUCAGAGGGAUAGAACUAUUUUUAAAGGGUGAGGUUGUUGUUAGGUUUUUACGAAGCUAGUGCGAAAAUAAUAAGCGGGAUGUGUGUGUAGCUUAAAAAGAAGUAACGAGCGUUAGCUCGUUAAAUCCUCCGAUGCAGGUGGCUACUCUUUUUCGCGAGUCCUCCACGUUAUUGGGAGCGACAAUGGAAUCGGGCGGAAGUGGUGGCAGUGGCCAGGAUUCAGGUGUCUCCGGCCUUGGUCCUGGACCAUUGUCUUACGAUUCCUACAACCACCCGGUGUCCUUUUCGAAUAAGUACAAGUUAAACAUGAAACUCGAACCCCACGAUGACGGUUAUGAAACUAGUGCUGAUUUGAUGUUGAACACUACCAGUGUUGCACACAAUCAACAACAUAACCAUGAGGUUAAAUGCGAAAAGCUCGAGGAUCCUUACAGUUUCAUCGACGAUGAUCCCAUGCCGAUGCUUCCGGCGGCUCCGGGGCCCCCUCAUCUCAUGCAUCCUAUGCCCCCAAUCAAUAAUCAACUUAUGCCUGGGCCCAAAAAGCGGGGACGGAAAAAGAAAAUCAAACCCGAACAGCCUGACUUCAACCAAGAUAUGAACGGAGGAAUUCAACGGCCUAUAAAAGAACGAAAGAAACACGAUCGCUUUAACGGAAUGCCAGAAGAAGAGGUUUCCAAAAGAACACUACCAGAUCAUUUAACAGAAAACCUAGAUAUAAUUAUAAUUGGGAUAAACCCUGGACUGUUUGCGGCCUACAAGGGUCAUCACUAUGCUGGACCUGGCAAUCAUUUUUGGAAAUGCUUGUACCUAUCGGGUUUGACACCGCAACAAAUGUCUGCAGAUGAAGAUUACAAAUUGCUUCAAGUAGGCAUCGGUUUCACAAAUAUGGUACAACGGGCAACUAAAGGUAGUGCUGAUCUAACUCGAAAAGAAAUUAAAGAGGGUAGUCAAAUUUUGUUAGAAAAAUUAAAAAAGUUUAGACCUAAGAUAGCUGUAUUUAAUGGAAAACUUAUUUAUGAAGUAUUCUCGGGGAAAAAGGAUUUCAAAUUUGGCAGACAACCGGAUGUAGUCGAAGGCACCAAUACACACAUGUGGGUGAUGCCAUCUUCUAGUGCAAGGUGUGCUCAGUUACCAAGGGCUGCUGACAAAGUACCAUUUUAUGCAGCAUUGAAAAAAUUUCGUGAUUAUUUGAAUGGUCUAAUAACCGAAAUUGACGAAAACGAAAUGGUAUUUUCCGAACCGAGUUUGAAAUCGUGCUACGAAGCAGAACCAAAGCCUGAUCCAUUUUCUCCAGAGCUCACUGACAUAAGUAAUGCUGUGAUUCAAAAUGAGGAUGGUACGAUUAUACCAUGCAAGAAGAAGAGAGGUCGCCCGAAAAAAAUUAAAAUCGAAGGUGAAGAAAUACCACCGAAACCAGUAGUUCGGAAACCUCCGUCUACUCAAAAUAAUAACUGUGAUUUUCCAAAGAAAAAGAGAGGCCGGCCUAAAAAGGUUAAGGUUGAAAAUAUCGACUUAAAUCCACCAGAUAACAAUACAUCGACCAAUUUGUCUCAAUGUUACUCGAACCCAUCUCCAAUCCAGUCUCCCAACAAUUUUUAUCAGAUGGCCCCUGCCAUGACUCCUCCUAAUGGUUCUGCGAAUUUGUAUGCUCCCCAACCCCCUCAGAGUUAUAACCAAUCACCGAGACCUCCGUACAGUCAGUCUCCUCGACCUAAUUACACCAAUUCCCCAAGACCUCAGUAUAAUCAGUCACCGAGACCGCAGUACAGCCAGUCUCCCAGACCCCAGUACAGUCAGUCACCGAGACCUCCGUACAGUCAGUCUCCGCGACCCCAUUCUCAACCUUUCACUCAUUCGGACCUCAGUUCAGAAAUCAGCGCGGCAAUUAGCUCUGAACAAUUAGGUUCGCCAGCAUCACCGAUUGGUCCUCCAGAUUUCGAGCCGCCUACAAGCAUGGCCGAAGAGGCUGAAUGCCGUUUAGGCAGCCCGGCUCCUUCUACAAAUAGCGAGCAGACUCAUUACCAUUAUCAGUCCUACAAUAUGGACCCUCCCCAUUCUCAAACAGAACCACAAUAUUCUUCUCCAAGGCAAAACCAAGAUAUUGCUUCCAAAAGUCUGUCAGGACUCGAAUCAUUAGUAGAUCAGAUUCCCAGUAUAACAGAGAGUGAUGUUCCAUUGGGUGAAGCACCUGACCAAUAUGCCGGCCAGUUUAAUAACUAUAAUGUAUCAUCGUCGUCUAGAGCUAGUCCAAUUCCUUAUAAUUAUCCUCCUAGUUCAGGUUAUCCUCUUUAUCCUACUCCCACGUGGAGUGGUCAUUACGAACCAAUGCCGAUUGGUUAUCCUCAAAUACCGUAUGCUCAGAGUUAUGCACCUGGUUUACAUGUACCGAGUCCAAAUUAUCCGUAUUACAGUUACCCACAACCUACACCUACGCAUCCGCCAGGUUAUCCACCUUAUUUAGGAGGAUUCUGAUUGGUUUCCGUCACUGUGUUUUCAUGUUGUGUACCUGUACCAUAUGUUCAGCUAGUACCUAGCAAGUCUGUCCGCUUGAGUACAGUUGGUCACUUGCAUUUUGACAACAACAGAGACUUGCACAGGGUAAAUGGUGAUAUUUUUUUGUCAUAAGUAUUUUUCUCUAAACUUUGAAUGUUAGAUAGGCCAAGGGUUUUGUGCAUUAUUCUACAUUCAGAUCUCAGUUGAGUGUGUGUGUCAAUCUGAGUGUGAGGUUCAUCGUUAUAGUUGUAGCCCAUGUCAUUCAUUUAAAAUAAACAUUUGUUAUAGCUCUUCAGGUCGUAUUUUCUUGUUCCCUUGUCCUUUAUCCCACAUAUCAUUGCAUUCAAAAUGAACCAUUACAAAACAGUAUGUAAGUGAUGGUUCAAAGAAAAAAAAUUGAAAAAUACUUUUAUAUAGUAACAGAACUGAUAUUUAUUUAAUAAUUAUGACCUAUUCAAUGUGUUAUUUAAAAAAUGACUUUUUUUAUAUCUAAUGUUAAAUUUAAUACUCUUACUAUAGUUUCACAUUUUUAAGAAACGUCUAUCCUCAAUUUUUGUACUUUAACCAGUAUUAGAAAUUAUGGAAAAAUGAUCAAAU